AUGAACGAGAAGUAUGGUGGUCAUAACUUGAGGAAGAUGGUCUGGAGAGAGGACAUGCCAGAUUUCGUACUGGAUGUCAUGCGCAAGAGAGUAGUCAGCAAACUCAGCUGGAAUUUUGGUUUCAGAGGCCGCUUGAUUCCAGUCGCAAGCCCUCGCACUGAGGACAUUGAGGACGUAGAAGACGUUUCCUGUGUGCUCAUAUUCCGAUCGCUUCGUACUCGCGCGGACGAUUUGCAAAAUCAGGCAGAUCGGAUCAUGACCGAACUGGAAAAAUGGUCAAGCUACUUUACCAAGAGCUUCGAGGCGAAGCUCGACCCUCACGCUGCUCUAGAGGUCACCCACAAAGCCCCGAACUGGUAUAGUGGCCCUGUUGUUUCUCAUCUAAAACCUCGUGUGCGGUAUCCAGAGCUUGAAUUUCAUACCACCGUCUGGCGAGGGAAGAAGGUUGCAGUCUACAGCUUGACAGAUUUGCUUGGAGAAAACAAGGCGCAAGAAUUGAUAGAAGGCAGUCAUUACGCUGGCGAGAGAUCUGUCGUAAUCAAGGCAGCAAGACACAACGUACCGGUUGAGAUACUACUUAUGCAGCUUCAGGCGUACAUCGCCCAGCCGGGGCCUUGA